CGGCGCCCAGCCUCGGGUGCUGGCGCGUGGGGGCCGGGCCGGCGCGGUGCCUUCCGCCCUUCUGCAGCCAUCUGCAUAUUUUUUCUUUCUUUUUCGCAAUUUUGAACAUUUUGCAGGACGAGGGGUUCGAGGCAGGUGAGAGCAUCCUGCACGUCGCCGAGGAGCCCGCGGGCACUUGGCGCGCUCUCCGGGGACCAUCUGCACUGGGAACCUGAAAGUUUUUUGUUUUUAUUUUCUUAUGCAGAUGUAUUUAUAAAGAUAUAAGUAAUUUUUUUCUUGUCUCCACCGCCUUGAAAGCGAGUACUUUUGGCAAAGGACGGAGGAAAAAGCUCAGCAACAUUUUGGGGGGCGGUUGGGGUUUUUUUUUUAAGAAAAAAAUUUGAGUGCAUCGCGAUGGAGAAAAUGUCCCGACCGCUCCCCCUGAAUCCCACCUUUAUUCCGCCUCCCUACGGCGUGCUCAGGUCCUUGUUGGAGAACCCGCUGAAGCUCCCCCUUCAUCACGAAGACGCAUUUAGUAAAGAUAAAGACAAGGAAAAGAAGCUGGAUGAUGAGAGUAAUAGCCCGACGGUCCCCCAGUCAGCAUUCUUGGGACCCACCUUAUGGGACAAAACCCUUCCCUAUGACGGAGAUACUUUCCAGUUGGAAUACAUGGACCUGGAGGAGUUUUUGUCGGAAAAUGGCAUUCCCCCCAGCCCGUCCCAGCAUGACCACAGCCCUCACCCUCCCGGGCUGCAGCCGGCUUCCUCCACGGCCCCCUCCGUCAUGGACCUCAGCAGUCGGGCCUCUGCACCCAUUCACCCUGGCAUCCCGUCCCCGAACUGCAUGCAGAGCCCCAUCAGACCAGGUCAGCUGUUGCCAGCAAACCGCAAUACGCCGAGUCCCAUCGAUCCCGACACCAUCCAGGUCCCGGUGGGUUACGAGCCAGACCCGGCAGACCUUGCGCUCUCCAGCAUCCCGGGCCAGGAAAUGUUUGACCCUCGCAAACGCAAGUUCUCUGAGGAAGAACUGAAGCCGCAGCCCAUGAUCAAGAAAGCACGCAAGGUCUUCAUCCCCGACGAUCUGAAGCAGGACGACAAGUACUGGGCCCGGCGCAGGAAGAACAACAUGGCAGCCAAGCGCUCCCGCGACGCCCGGCGGCUGAAGGAGAACCAGAUCGCAAUCCGGGCAUCCUUCCUGGAGAAGGAGAACUCGGCCCUGCGCCAGGAGGUGGCUGACUUGCGGAAGGAGCUGGGCAAAUGCAAGAACAUACUUGCCAAGUACGAGGCCCGGCAUGGGCCCCUGUAGGAUGGCGGUUUUGUGGGCUGGCUUUUGAAUAGAUGGACAGUGUGUUUCCCACCUGAUAGCACCACACCCGAAGCAACCUUUCUGACAUCAGCACUUUACCAGAGGCAUAAACACAACUGACUCACAUUCUGGUGUGCGUGCGCGCGCGCGCGUGCUUGUGCCCCUGUAUGGUCUGCGGCGCGCGCGUGCCUUUGCCCUUGCCAUGUUAAGGUAGCCCUCUCAUCGUCUUUCAGUUCCGAAAAAGAAAGGUGCCGUGUUUUUACUGGACUGUGGAGACCUCCCCCACCCCCGCGUGGGGUCUCCUGCCCCUCCCUCCCUCCUUCUCCACCCCUGCCCCUUCCAGCGUCGCUCCCGGUGGUGGCUCCCGCCUACUCUUCCAGGACCCUCUGCCGGGCUUCACUGAGCAGGGCCCUGGUAAACAAGUAGAUCUCAGUUGUCAAGACUACGAGCUCUCGUUUCUGUUUAAUCUGUAAGUUACCAUGCUAAUAAGGUGCACAAAAAUCACUUAGCACUACACUGCAGCUCUCUCUCUCUCGGUUAUAGGUUGCUUUCCUCAUAUUUUCAGUUUUGGUGAUAAUUGUCUUCAAAUUUAAAGUGCUGUUUAGAUUUAUUAGAUCCCAUAUUUACUUACUGCUAUCUACUAAGUUUCCUUUUAAUUCUACCAACCCCGGAUAAGUAAGAGUACUAUUCUAGAACACAGAGUGUGUUUUUGCACUGUCUGUACCUGAAGCAAUAAUCCUAUUGUACGCUAGAGCAUGCUGCCUGAGUAUUACUAGUGGACAUAGGAUAUGUUCCCUACCUAAGAAUUUCACUGUCUCUUAAAACACAAAAAUUACAGUAAUGCAUUUGAGCAUGCCCAGAACAUCCCCAGGACAGGGAAACAGAGGGAAA